UUUAUAUCAUAUGUCUACAAAAAAAAUAGAUUUUGUUUAUUAGAAAGACAUUUUGUAACACGACUAAUGUCUGCGUAUUUUGUCAUGUUUGUUAUUUUAUACAAACUGGAUAAACUGACUUUUUCUCAUAUUUAUGUGAACAACUCGGAUUUUUUGUAUUCAAUUGAAAAAGCAGACUUGCAAUUGGCGAGGUUUGAAUGUAUUUCACUUCGUCACAUGACAGCUUGCAUAUCUGUCAAGUCAGAAACGUAAACAAACACGGACAACCGCCCGUAAAGAUUGUGUGCAGAAUAAUCGUAAAAUUUUAUGUGAAAACUCGGGAAAAGGAAAAACAUCAUAUUAUCCCGAAAUUUAGCAACAUUCGUCCGAGUAUGAUCGAGCAGCUGUGUGUGUGUGUGUGUGUGUGUGUGUGUAUGCCGACGAAAUACGACGCCGUUUCUACAACAAUCACUAAAGCCGGCUGUGAUCGUGAUCGGCACAUUCUCAACUGGACCAACACACCGGUCGUUGUGUAUCUUCAAGCAAACCAACGUUUCCAUACACCACAAAAUAGCAUGGAAAGGAAAGUAUUAUAAAAUAAUGUCAUAUUUGAAAGCAUUCUAAUCUUUCAUUGUUAUUUUUCCACUGCAAACAGGACAUUGGAUCACCGCAUCGACAAGUGGUUUUUAUGUGCAAGUGUUGUUAAGAAGUGUGUUGUACGGUGUAUUAUGUGUUUUACUUUAUUUGUAUCGUUUUGCAAGUGGUACAGUUAUUGCGUUUAAUCGUUGUGCUACUGCUAACGAAAAAACGAUCCGAGCAUUAGAAGCGGCAACAAUACAUGUGCCUGACGCAGAGACAACAACGCCGUCGGCAUCAGUUGAUACCAUCCAAAGUGAUGGUUGAAAUCGUAUAUAAACGUGUAAAACCAUAUAUUGAGGCAUGUAAGUAUUGAAUAAUAGUUAAAUAAAAUACAUUUUAUCGUUGUACUGGACAAUGUGCAUCGAAAUUUUAAAAAAGUGUGUGUGUUUUUGUUUACAUCCGAAUACAGAACCCACAGCGUUAUACUGUGGUUCGAGCACUCGCUAAGUAACGCUUGAGCUUUGAGCUUUCAUUGAGCUUACAUAGAAUGUUACACGCUACCUGCUCACUAAGUACUGCUAUCGAGCAGUGCUAUGAGCAGGUAGCGAGCAGUAACGCCUCCAUACAAAAAUCGCGAAACGUAACGCUCCAAUGCUAUUUGGAUGGUGCCUUGAUUACGAACGAAACAACCGAUGUUUUUGUCACACCUGAAGCUUUUGAAGAAUCAAUCCAGAAGGAAUCAGAUACCACACAACACGGUAGUGUAGAUCAAAGCGUUACCAUUAGUAUGGAUAGAAUAGUUGAAGCAUACGAUAUAAUCGGAGCUGAAACUAUAGUUAAAAUUGAAGGAGACGUCAACAAGCUGUCCCGUGAAGAACGUGUGAUUCGUUAUUUUUAUCGUGAAUUUGUUCGUCCGCAUAUUGGAUUUCAUGCCUUAAAAUCUACAGUAGAAGUCAAUGGAUUGAAUUGCUUAGACGGACUCGAAGGGAAUUACGACAACGACGACGUCGUUAACGACGAUUUUACAUCGGCUUCUUCAUCCAAAAAGAUGGAUAUCGUAUCUCCUUUGGAUACCUAUAUAUCAAUAGAUAUGACAGAUUACGAAAAAGUUGAAGCUGGAGGCUCUAAUAUAUUAUGCAAUAUAUUGCCUUUGACAUCUUCCACUGAACCACAAACUACGUGUACGGAUUCAGAACUACCCGAAAUGAUGAAUUAUGUUGAUGCAAGAAUCGUAAACAAUCAUGAUCUCCAAGAAAAGGACAUUGAGAAUCAAUGCGAAGAUGGAAAAGACGCAACAUUGGUUAUUAGUACACGCCGAAUUUCGGAGGUGUUGAAUCUACCAGCUACGCCUCACCGUUGUGGUAGACAUAGAAAUUAUAAAAAAUCAUUUCAACCUGUCUUAACAGCUAAGGAACGAAGAGAUGCACUUCUUAAAGUAAAAGAGCAAAAAGAAAAAGAACUGCAACAAAAGAAAAUAAGAGCCCUACAACGCCAAGAGGCCAAAGAAAAACGGGAAAAUGAAAAACGUGCUAGGAUGGAAGAGCGUAAAAAAAUUAAAGGAAAAUCAAAGACAUCUACACCAAAGGCUAAAUUAGGGAACAAAAACGCCAGAAUGCGCAAUUAAAAUGGCUUGUAGGGCUAAACAAUUUGAUCCAACUCAUUUAUAAGCUACCAAAAUCAUCAAU